CUAGUGGCUCUCUUGAAGACUUGGCUCAUAGUACGCAAGAUUGCUGCUUACAACCAUGAUUCACAGAAUCCUUCUGUUAACAGCCUUGGCGUUAUGUGAGGCGUUCAACCUGGACACUGAAAAUGCAGUGGUCUUCCGAGAGCAAGCCAGGGGCUUCGGGCAGAGUGUGGUCCAGUUUGAAGGGUCCCGGGUGGUGGUCGGAGCCCCCCUGGAGACAACGGCUGCCAACCAAACAGGCGGCCUGUACGAGUGUGAUUACAGCACCGGCCGCUGCAGGCCCAUCACCAUGCAGGCCCCCCCAGAGGCUGUGAACAUGUCACUGGGCCUGUCCCUGGCGGCCACCACCACACCCCCUCGGAUGCUGGCCUGUGGCCCCACUGUGCACCAAAUCUGCAAGGAGAACACCUACGUGAAUGGCUUCUGCUUCUUGUUUGGGUCCAACCUACACCAGAGUCCCCAGAGAUUCCCUCAGACCCUCAGAGAGUGCCCUCGGCAGGAGAGCGACAUUGCCUUCCUGAUUGACGGCUCUGGGAGCAUCGACGCCAGGGACUUUCAGCGGAUGAAGGAGUUUGUCUCAACGGUGAUGGGUCAAUUCCAAAACUCCAGAACCUUGUUCUCGUUGAUGCAGUACUCUGAAGACUUCCAGACUCAUUUCACCUUCAGCGAAUUCCGCAAUAAUCCCGACCCCGAAUCACUGGUGAAGCCAAUACAGCAGCUGCGGGGAAGGACACACACGGCCACGGGCAUCCGCAAAGUGGUGAGAGAACUGUUUCACAGCAGCAGUGGGGCUCGGGAAAAUGCCCUUAAGAUCCUAGUUGUCAUCACGGAUGGAGAAAAGUUUGGCGAUCCCUUGAGUUACCAAGACGUCAUCCCUGAGGCGGAUCAGAAGAACAUCAUCCGCUACGUCAUUGGGGUGGGGUCUGCCUUCAACUCUGAGAAGUCCCGCAAAGAGCUUAAUACCAUUGCAACCAUACCGCCUCGAGAUCAUGUAUUCCGGGUGAAUAACUUUGAAGCUCUGAAGACCAUUCAGAACCAACUUCAGGAAAAGAUCUUUGCCAUUGAGGGUACUCAGGUGGGAAGUACCAGCUCCUUUGAGCAUGAGAUGUCUCAGGAAGGCUUCAGUGCAGCCAUCACCUCUAGUGGUCCCUUGCUUGGUGCUGUGGGGAGCUUUGACUGGUCUGGUGGAGCCUUUCUGCAUACAUCAAAUGUUGCAUCCACCUUUAUCACCUCAACCAGGGUACACUCAGAAAUGCAUGAUGCUUACUUGGGUUAUGCUGUUGAAAUCAUCUCGAGGAACCAGGUGCAAAGCCUGGUUUUGGGGGCACCUCGAUAUCAGCACAUGGGCCUGGUGAUGAUGUUCAGACAGAAUGUGCGUGUCUGGGAGACCAAAUCUUCGAUCCAGGGAAGCCAGAUCGGCUCCUACUUCGGGGCCUCCCUGUGCUCUGUGGACGUGGACAGAGACAGAAACACAGACCUGGUCCUCAUCGGGGCCCCCCAUUACUAUGAGCAGACCCGGGGAGGCCAGGUGUCCGUGUGCCCCUUGCCCCGAGGGCGAGCCAGCUGGCAGUGCGUGGCUGUCCUCCGUGGGGAGCAGGGCCACCCCUGGGCGCGCUUUGGGGCCGCGAUGACCGUGCUGGGGGACGUGAAUGGGGACAAGCUGACGGAUGUGGCUAUCGGGGCCCCGGGAGAGCAGGAGAACCGGGGUGCUGUCUACGUGUUUCACGGAACCUUAGAACAGCGCAUCAGCCCCUCCCACAGCCAGCGGAUCACGGGCUCCCAGCUCUCCCCCCAGCUCCAGUACUUUGGGCAGUCGCUGAGCGGGGGCCGCGACCUCACAAUGGAUGGGCUGGUGGACCUGGCUGUGGGGGCCGAGGGGCACGUGCUGCUGCUCAGGUCCCAGCCAGUGCUGAGAAUGGAAGCAAGCAUGGAAUUCACACCCAGAGAAGUGACAAGGAAUACAUUUGAUUGUCGUGAUCAGGCGGUGAGAAACCAGGUUGCUGGGAAGGUCAGAGUCUGCCUCCACAUCCGUAAGACCACAGUGGACCGGCUCAGGGAAGGAGAGAUCCAGAGUGUCAUCAUCUAUGACUUGGCCCUGGACCCUGGCCGCCCCUACCCUAGGGCCAUCUUUGAGGAGACCAAGAACAGCUCACGCACACAUAAGCGGACACUGGGACUGAGCCAGCAGUGUGAGACGCUGCAGCUGCAGCUGCCAGAAUGUGUGGAAGACUCAGUGACCCCCAUCAUCCUGCGCCUCAACUUUUCUCUGGUGGGGAGCCCCCUGUCUUCUUUUGGGAACCUCCGGCCGGUGCUGGAUGCAGUUGCGGAGAGACACUUCAUGGCCUCGUUUCCCUUUGAGAAGAAUUGUGGCAACGAUAGUAUCUGCCAGGAUGACCUCAGUGUCACCUUCAGUUUCCUGAACCUGGACACCGUGGUGGUGGGUGGUCCCCGGGACCUCAAUGUGACCGUCACUGUCAGAAACCAGGGCGAGGACUCCUACAGGACGCAAGUCAACUUCUUCUUCCCUACCGGCUUGUCCUACCGGAGGGUGUCCCAGGCCCAGAACCCGCGCUCCAAGCGGUCCUGGCGCCUGAUCUGCAACUCUGGCGGCCCCAGCGGCAACCCCAAGGCCCUGAGGAGCAGCAGCUGUUCCGUGAACCACCCCAUCUUCCCAGACAGCUCAGAGGCCAUCUUUACUAUCACGUUUGAUGUGAAUCCUGAUGCAGCCUUUGGAAAAACCCUUCUCCUCAAGGCCAACGUCACCAGUGAGAACAACAUGCCCAGGACCAAGAAGACUGAGUUCCAGCGGGAGCUGCCUGUGAAAUAUGCCGUCUACAUGGUGGUCACCAGCAAUGAUGUCUCCACCAACUAUUUCAACUUCACUGCCUCGGAGAAGACCAGCCGGGUUAUUCAGCAUCAGUAUCAGUUCAAAAACCUGGGGCAGAGGAGUCUCCCCAUCACUGUGGUCUUCUGGGUCCCCAUCAAGCUGAACCAGGUGGCCGUGUGGGACACCCCCCAGCUCAUCUCCGAGCAAAUCUCCAGCAAAUGCACUGAGGAACAGGUGGCUCCUUCUCGCUCUGACUUCUCGGCGGAGCUUCAGAAGACCCCAGUGCUGAACUGCUCCACUGCUGUCUGCCUGAAAAUCCAGUGUGACAUCCUGUCCUUUGGUGUCCAGGAGGAAUUCACCGUCACCCUCAAUGGCAGCCUCUCCUUUGACUGGUAUAUCCAGACUCCACAUAACCAUCUUCAGCUCACGAGCACCGCGGAGAUCUUGUUUGACAGGUCCUCGUUCGCACUGCCUCUAGGGCACGAGGCCUUUGUGAGGGCCCAGGCAGAGACCAAGGUGGAGCCAUUUGAAGUAUACAAUCCCGUCCCCCUUGCCGUGGGCAGCUCAGUGGGUGGGCUGUUUCUCCUGGCCCUCAUCACGGCUGUGCUGUACAAGCUCGGCUUCUUCAAACGGCAGUACAAGGACAUGAUGAGCGGAGACGUCCCCGAGGCCGCCCCAGAAGCUGCCCCUCCCCAGUGACGGCGCCUGUCCUGCCUCCAGCAUGCUUGUUUGCACCAGCACCGGCUCCCAGGCUGCUGGACAGACGCUUCCUGUCGGCGCCCGGGGGGUGGUGUCUGUGCCGUCUCCCCCCGUGCAUGUGUGGGUGCCAGUGUGUGCGUGAAUGCGUGUGAGCUGUGUGUGUGGCUCAGAGGUCUUCGGCGCAGGGCAAGUGCCUUCAACCUCUGAGGCGGAGUGGGGUGGCUUCGGCCUUCCUGUGGGGUGAAGUUGCGGUUGGCCUUCCGCAGGACAUAGGAGAUGGCAGCUCUUGUAGGUGGACAGAAAGGGAAAGCUCCCUGCUGCAGGGAGCACAACUCCGGCCGGGGCUUGCGUGCUGAGCAGCGACAGCCUGUGCAGCAGACAGAGCCUACCCGGAGAAGCCGCGCCGUCAGGACCUGGACGCAGGAGCCUGCCCGGGCCAGUCCCCCCACAGCCAAAUUGUCCAUCGAGCAAGGCUGCACCUCCCUGUGCCUGUCCAUUUAUUUAUUAUGUUAGCAUUACUUUUACUUAUCUGAUUGGGUACCUGCCCGUAGUACAAAAACCAAAAGACGCAGAAGGGUGUGUAGUGAAAAGUCUUCCAGCUGCUCCCCCAGCUGUGAAGGUCACUCCUAAGGGCAUUCCGGGCUGGAUACCUCGGCAUCUCCUUCACAAAGACUCCAGGCAUAUGCAAACACAUGCACACACACAGCUUUUUUACACCAAAGUUACCAUCAAUUACUUACACUAUUCUGCAGGUAGCUUUUCAAAUUUACAUCGCUCAGCCGUGUUCGUAUCAACACAUUAAGCACUUUUGCAUUCUUUCCUCCAGCUGCAUGUUAUUCCUUUGUGUAGGUGAAACAUGCUGUAUUUCACCAGGCUCCUUUUCAUAUGUUAUUUUCAACUUCUUGCACUUAUAAACAAUGUUGACUUA